UUUCUUUCUUUCUUCUGGCUAUGGAGAAGGAAAUUUUCACUAUAAAAGCUCGGUGUUGACCACAGAUUGGCAUCAGUUCAUCAACGUCGUUCAUCCUUUGAAAAUCGUGUCCUCUUGCACCAAAGAAAAUCUAAAAAUGUUUGCCAUCCGUUUCUCUUUUGCUCUCUUGGUCAUUGCCUUCAUUGUUGCCGUGGUCAUGUUGCAGUCCAGCGAGGCUGCCUACCGUAAACCACCCUUCAAUGGCAGCAUUUUUGGCAAGCGUAAUUCAGUGGAAUACGAUAACGCCAAGGCCGUGACCGCCAUGUGUGAAAUUGCAAUGGAAGCUUGCCAAUCAUGGUUCCCCCAAUCGGAAAGCAAAUAAUUCCCAUUGACAUCAAGUUCAUUCUAAAUUGAUAAUUCCCUUCAUGAGUUAUGGACCAACAACCUUGCAACAAAAUAUUGAAAUAUUCAAAAUAAAAAUAAUAGUAUUAUAUGUAAAACAAUUAAUAUUAUAGAUGUAAAAUAAAAUAUUGGUAUUGAAUUGGAAGAAA